AUGGCGAGCUCUGCCUCGCUCCAUGCUUCUUUUCCCAAGGGAGCAUCUAAAAGUUGCGUCCCUUUGGCUCCGCCGCUUCCGGGAGACGAAGAGUUAGCUGAGUUGUAUCACUGGGUGGAUACUAUUCCUCUCUCCAGGCCGAAACGAAAUAUCAGCCGCGACUUUUCUGAUGGUGUUCUAAUGGCCGAGUUGGUGAAUUCAUGUCUUCCCAAAAUGGCUGAGCUGCACAAUUACAGCUCGGCAAACUCUAUUGACAAGAAGGCGUACAACUGGCAAACAUUGAACCGGAAAGUAUUUCACCGGCUAGGCAUGCGCCUGAAUCCAAAAGAUAUUGACGAUAUUGUCAAUGCCCGGCCUGGAGCAGUGGAAAGGGUUAUCUCACUUUUCCGCAAGCAGGUGAUGCGGCAAACACUCACACGUACGCAACAACUCAUUGCGUGACGGCGCAUCGUAACAACCCUGUGCAGAUAGAAGAGCUUCUAAUUGAAAAAGAGGAAACCAUACGUGAGCUUCAAGAGACCAACGUGAUCAUGAAGGAAAAAAUUCGUCAUUUGGAGCAGCUGAUCAAACUGAAAGAAACAUGUAUGCAAUGCACCUCUGGACGGUGCUCAGGGGAAACUCGUGACCUAAUAGACAACAAAAGAUCGUGUCAAGGGGGAUGAAACCAAUACUGCUGGAAGACUAGUGUUGUUUUUUUCACAUAUGACUCAGUUUAAAUUUCUUGAUCUGGUGCACAGAGUGCUUCCCAUUGUUGGUAAGGCGACAGGUGGUUCGCGUGGACUUCAAGCAUUCGAACAGCCGUCGGAAUCGUUUUGGUUU